GCAAAAACCCUUUUCAUUUCAAGGAAGCUCUCUGAAUCUCAGCGAGAAGGAAGAAACUCGGAUUCAAAAUGGGGAGUCGAUUAGGAGGACGAGUGGUUCAUUUCGCGAAUCUUCCGAUCAAGCUUCUGAUGCCGACGAAGCUGACGAACAUCCACGAGUUCGCGCUGAAAACGAUCCCAUCCGCGACCAAGAUCGAGAUCAAACGAGUCCUCGAGUCUCUCUACGGGUUCGAGGUCGAAAAGGUGAACACUUUAAACAUGGACGGGAAGAAGAAGAAGCGCGGCGGGCUGCUGAUAGCGAAGGCCGACUACAAGAAGGCUUACGUCACGCUCAAAAACCCUUUGUCGAUUUCUAGAGAUCUGUUCCCGGUGAAGUUUAUCGAGGAGGACAGGAAGAGUAAAGUGAAAGGAUCUAGCUUUGUCGAGGAGGAGGAUGAUAAGAAGAGUCACUGGCUUGAUCAGAAGGAGAAGAGGGAAGUCGGUGGGUAUGGUAAUGGUAAAGGUCGUCGCGGCGGCGGUGAAAGGUCGACGACUACGCCGGCGAGAGCUUCUGCUUCUGCGGCGGGGGCGAAGUUUCCAUGGAGCAGCAUGAGAUUUGGUGGCAAGUAAGGGUUUUUUUGGUUAGUCCUCAGUUAAGGUUUAUUACCUGGGUUUGUGUUUCUUUUUAGCUGUCGGAAUAUGGAUUUUGUUUCUGUUUCUUUUCGUGAAGUUUCUGUCUUAAUAAGAGACGAGUUUGAUCGUGAA